UCGAUUAUCUUUUCCUCAAGUAGCUAACUCUUUCUCAUGGCAUCAAAUCAAACACCCCUUAACCAAGCAAAACUUGACCUUCCAAAUAAUGACCUUGAGCAACAAGCAACAACUCUAGAGAUUGAAACCAAGGACUUUGACUACUCAAAAAGAUCUCAAUGGCUACGUGCUGCUGUUUUGGGAGCCAAUGAUGGGUUGGUCUCAACAGCAUCUCUAAUGAUGGGUGUUGGAGCAGUCAAACAAGACAUUAAGGCCAUGAUACUAUCAGGGUUUGCAGGGUUGGUAGCAGGGGCUUGUAGCAUGGCCAUAGGUGAGUUUGUAUCUGUGUACUCACAGUUGGACAUAGAGGUUGCUCAAAGAAAAAGAGAUAAGGAAAGGAGAGGAAGAGAACAAGAAGAUGCUGAAGAGAAUGAAAAUUUGCCAAACCCUUUACAAGCAGCAGCAGCAUCAGCUUUAGCCUUUUCUGUUGGUGCAAUGGUGCCAUUGCUUGCAGCAUCUUUUGUAAGGGAAUAUAAGGUGAGACUUGGAGUGGUUGUGGCUGCAGUGAGCUUUGCUUUGGUGGUCUUUGGUUGGUUAGGUGCAGUGCUUGGUAAGGCACCAGUUUUGAGGUCUUCUUUAAGGGUCUUGCUUGGGGGUUUGGUGGCUAUGGCUAUUACUUUUGGGCUAACCAAGUUGCUUGGGUCAAGUGGACUUUAG